AUGUCGCUCCCCAAGGGUAUCUCGAAUGUGCUCAAGAAGGCUCCCUCCGAUGUCGUUAUUCUGUCCUCACUACGAACACCUGUCUGCCGAUCGAACCGAGGACAGUUGAAGGAUGCUUACCCCGAAGAGUUGCUCUCGACAGUCCUCAAGGCCACUCUCGAGGCCAACCCGAACCUCGACCCCUCCAAGAUCGAAGAUGUCGCCGUCGGUGUCGUUCUCUCCGAGCUCGGUGGCUCUAAGGCUGCCCGCAUGGCCAUGAACCACGUCGGCUACCCCAACACAACCUCCCUCUACACCGUCAACCGCGCCUGUUCCUCGUCGCUGCAAUCAAUUGCGCUCGUUGCGUCUCAGAUCCGGACCGAGACGAUAUCCGUGGGCAUUGGCGCUGGUAUGGAGAGCAUGACGCGCAACUACGGCAGCCGUGCCAUUCCCGUCGACGUCUGGCCUGCGCUGAAGGAUUCCCCCGUCAAGGACGCGAGAGAUUGCAUCAUGGCCAUGGGAACCACUUCUGAGAACGUUGCUGAGCGUUAUGGCGUUUCCAGGGCUGACCAGGAUGCCUUUGCUGUACGCAGCCACAAGAACGCCGCGCGCGCAAGAGAGGACGGCUCGUUUGCCAAGGAGAUUGUGCCGGUCACCACAAGAUUCCAAGAGACGGACAAGCAGGGCAACAAGGUUGGAGAGGAGAAGACCAUCACCGUCACCCAGGACGACGGCAUUCGCGCGACUGUGAACCUCGAGGCGCUGGCCAAGCUGAAGCCGGCUUUCAAGCCCGACGGUGCUAGCACGGCAGGCAACUCAUCACAAGUCUCCGACGGUGCCGCCGCGACGCUGUUGAUGCGCAGAAGCACUGCUACCGAGCUCGGCCUCACCGAUAGCAUCAUCGGCAAGUUUGUGUCAGCGACCACUGUUGGCUGCAAACCCGAUGAGAUGGGUAUCGGUCCGGCCCUUGCCAUCCCCAAGCUUCUGAACCAACUCGGCUUGGAGAACAAGGACGUCAGCCGCUGGGAGAUCAACGAGGCCUUUGCCAGUCAGGCCAUUUACUGCUUGAGGGAGUUGGGCUUGGAGCAGGCAUACGAGGACGGCAAGGUGAACCCCGAUGGCGGUGCGAUCGCCCUGGGUCACCCUCUUGGUGCCACCGGCGCCCGUAUGACGAGCACCCUGUUGCACGGUCUGGGCAGGUCUGGAGGUGAGGUCGGCGUUGUCAGCAUGUGUGUGGGAACUGGCAUGGGCAUGGCUGGCCUGUUCGUUAGGGAGUAG